AUGCCCAAUGUCCGAAUAACCCCAAUAUUAACCCUGCUCCAUAACCCGGGGAACCUAGCUUCUAGAAAUACAUUAUCCUUGCUCAGGUCCUCUCUCCGCAUGAAUCCGGAUGCAUUUUCUAUAGACGUACUCGAUUACGCAGGCAAUCCUCCUACUUCAGAUCAGGCGCAGCUUAUCUCCUCGUACUUGAAUAAAUCGGCCAAGAGUGAAGUUGGGAAUGCGGCAGAAGACGGUGGUACGGGGACCGCAGAGGAAUUCUUGCAACUGGCAAGAAAUCAGCCAGAGGCGGAUAAAAAACCAAUACUAGUCGAUUGGCAAGCUGGUAGAGCCAUCUUCGCUGGAGAGAGGCAAAGCGUAGAAAGGUUUUUGGAAGAAGGGGGAUACUUGAAAAACACGAAAUAG